AUGAAUGAUGAGGUUAUGGGUGAGGUUAUGAAUGAUGAGGUUAUGAGUGAUGUGAUGUUAUGAAUGAUGAGGUUAUGGGUGAGGUUAUGAAUGAUGAGGUUAUGGGUGAGGUUAUGAAUGAUGAGGUUAUGGGUGAGGUUAUGAGUGAUAUGAAUGAUGAGGUUAUGAGUGAUGUUAUGAAUGAUGAGGUUAUGGGUGAGGUUAUGAAUGAUGAGGUUAUGGGUGAGGUUAUGAAUAAUGAGGUUAUGGGUGAGGUUAUGGGUGAUAUGAAUGAUGAGGUUAUGGGUGAUGUUAUGAAUGAUGAGGUUAUGGGUGAUAUGAAUGAUGAGGUUAUGGGUGAUAUGAAUGAUGAGGUUAUGAAUGAUGAGGUUAUGGGUGAGGUUAUGAAUGAUGAGGUUAUGGGUGAGGUUAUGGGUGAGGUUAUGAAUGAUGAGGUUAUGGGUGAGGUUAUGAAUGAUGAGGUUAUGGGUGAGGUUAUGAAUGAUGAGGUUAUGGGUGAUAUGAAUGAUGAGGUUAUGAAUGAUGUUAUGGGUGAGGUUAUGAAUGAUGAGGUUAUGAGUGAUGUGAUAUGAAUGAUGAGGUUAUGGGUGAUAUGAAUGAUGAGGUUAUGGGUGAUAUGAAUGAUGAGGUUAUGGGUGAUGUGAUAUGAAUGAUGAGGUUAUGGGUGAUGUUAUGAAUGAUGAGGUUAUGGGUGAUGUUAUGAAUGAUGAGGUUAUGGGUGAGGUUAUGGAUGAGGUUAUGAAUGAUGAGGUUAUGGGUGAGGUUAUGAAUGAUGAGAUUAUGGGUGAGGUUAUGAAUGAUGAGGUUAUGGGUGAGGUUAUGAAUGAUGAGGUUAUGGGUGAGGUUAUGAAUGAUGAGGUUAUGGGUGAGGUUAUGGGUGAGGUUAUGAAUGAUGAGGUUAUGGGUGAUGAGGUUAUGGGUGAUGUUAUGAAUGAUGAGGUUAUGGGUGAGGUUAUGGAUGAGGUUAUGAAUGAUGAGGUUAUGGGUGAGGUUAUGGGUGAGGUUAUGAAUGAUGAGGUUAUGGGUGAGGUUAUGAAUGAUGAGGUUAUGGGUGAGGUUAUGGGUGAGGUUAUGAAUGAUGAGGUUAUGGGUGAUGAGGUUAUGGGUGAUGUUAUGAAUGAUGAGGUUAUGGGUGAGGUUAUGGAUGAGGUUAUGAAUGAUGAGGUUAUGGGUGAGGUUAUGGGUGAGGUUAUGAAUGAUGAGGUUAUGGGUGAGGUUAUGAAUGAUGAGGUUAUGGGUGAGGUUAUGAAUGAUGAGGUUAUGGGUGAGGUUAUGGGUGAGGUUAUGAAUGAUGAGGUUAUGGGUGAUGAGGUUAUGGGUGAGGUUAUGAAUGAUGAGGUUAUGGGUGAUGUUAUGAAUGAUGAGGUUAUGGGUGAGGUUAUGAAUGAUGAGGUUAUGGGUGAGGUUAUGAAUGAUGAGGUUAUGGGUGAGGUUAUGAAUGAUGAGGUUAUGGGUGAGGUUAUGAAUGAUGAGGUUAUGGGUGAGGUUAUGGGUGAUAUGAAUGAUGAGGUUAUGGGUGAGGUUAUGAAUGAUGAGGUUAUGGGUGAGGUUAUGGGUGAGGUUAUGAAUGAUGAGGUUAUGGGUGAUAUGAAUGAUGAGGUUAUGGGUGAUAUGAAUGAUGAGGUUAUGAAUGAUGAGGUUAUGGGUGAGGUUAUGGGUGAGGUUAUGAAUGAUGAGGUUAUGAAUGAUGAGGUUAUGGGUGAGGUUAUGAAUGAUGUUAUGGGUGAGGUUAUGAAUGAUGAGGUUAUGGGUGAGGUUAUGAAUGAUGAGGUUAUGGGUGAGGUUAUGAAUGAUGAGGUUAUGGGUGAUAUGAAUGAUGAGGUUAUGAAUGAUGAGGUUAUGAAUGAUGAGGUUAUGGGUGAGGUUAUGGGUGAGGUUAUGAAUGAUGAGGUUAUGAGUGAUGUGAUAUGAAUGAUGAGGUUAUGGGUGAUGUUAUGAAUGAUGAGGUUAUGGGUGAUGUUAUGAAUGAUGAGGUUAUGGGUGAGGUUAUGAAUGAUGAGGUUAUGAAUGAUGAGGUUAUGGGUGAGGUUAUGGAUGAGGUUAUGAAUGAUGAGGUUAUGGGUGAGGUUAUGAAUGAUGAGGUUAUGGGUGAGGUUAUGAAUGAUGAGGUU